AUGCAAUGUAUGACUAACUGGUUACUGUCCGCAGUGAACAACUGCAAGAUUCAAACUUGAUUGCAGAGCAGUCUUCGCAGGUAUGGCACGUUACCUGAGACGAUCUGCCAGCAUUGGUUCUUCAAACCCUGUUUUCAAUUUCCUCCUCAAGACGGCAUACGUUGAAGAAAGUCGCGCCUUUUUAUAUCGAGGAUCCAUAUUUUCCAGCCACCGUAUUAGUAGUAACCAUUUCUCUGUAUGCUCAACUGAUCAAUCCGAAUCCAAGUUUGUCCCUCGUAACCUUGACGUGAAUGCUGGAAGGGGUGAUGAAGGAUUUCGGAAAUGGCAUAAUGGAGGUGGAACCUUCCACAAGUCAGCUUGCAUAGAUGCUACGGCACUCAUAGAAAUUGGCGCCGUAGUGCAUCCUAAGGCUGUCAUAAGUGCAAAUGCUCAAAUUGGAUCAGGAGCUAUUAUUGGACCUGCUGUUACAGUUGGUCAAUCAACAAAAAUCGGGUAUAAUGUUGCACUAAGUAAUUGCACGAUAGGCGAUUCAUGUGUUAUCCACAAUGGCGUAUGCAUUGGUCAAGAUGGAUUUGGUUUUUUCCUGGAUGAGCAUGGGGACAUGGUGAAGAAGCCUCAACUCUUGAAAGUACUGAUAGGGCAUCAUGUGGAGAUAGGAGCUAAUUCAUGCAUCGAUAGAGGCAGUUGGAGAGACACUACCAUAGGAGAUCACACAAAGAUAGACAAUUUAGUUCAGAUAGCUCAUAAUGCAGUUAUUGGGAAGUGUUGCAUUCUCUGUGGGCAAGUUGGUAUUGCAGGUUCAGUAAUAAUGGGUGACAAUGUAACAUUAGGUGGAAGGGUAGCAAUUCGUGAUCAUGUCUCAAUUGCAUCAAAGGUUCGGUUAGCAGCUACUAGCUGUGUCACCAAGGACAUCAAGGAGUCUGGAGAUUACGGUGGCUUCCCUGCUGUUCCCAUUCGUGAAUGGAGGAGACAAGUCGCCAUCAACCGCCGCACCCAGAAGUAGGCUCUUGAGGCUUCAUCACAAACUAAUUAAAAUUUGUAUUCCAUACUGCAUUUUGGAAGGUUUCUUUUACUGAAAGUUUAGAACAUGAGAAAGUUUAUGCUUUUCUUGUGUUUUGGGGGUGCGUUCUUUACUUCCUGCAAGCCUUAGCUUAAUGGCUUUCAAGCUGUCUCUUACAAAAAUUUUAUGUAAUAAGACUUUUAGUGACCAUACAUUAGAAAGAAAAAUAGGUGAAAUUCAUAGUUUUGUAUAUGUAUUUUCAUGUGGUCAUUCGAAUUUU